UCUCAUGUGAAUACAACAGUAAUUAAAACCCAGUCCUGGUUCUAAACAGCUUAUUUACCAUACAUCGUCUGGUCAGAACCUAGCAAGAUACAAAAACCCAUAGGAUUGAAGGAUCCUGUCUCUGUAUGAAGUAAAGAGGGUAAAAACCUAGUCCACGAUCAAGGCCAAAGUUUCUUUCUAACACAAAGAGCAAUGUUCAUAUAUGAAAACAUAUACGUGAACAGGUGUGUGUAUGAGUACCUACAUGCCUACAUCACUCCAGUCUUUAGGACAAAGACGUUUCUCGUUUGGUUGAUAAGUGUCCAUUGGGAUGGACAUAUCAGAAGUUUAUUGGGAAAUAAAGCUUCCAUUGCCAACGUAGUAUUUUAGAUUGAUGACAUCUUCUUACACAAUAAGGAGAAUGCAUAAAUGAAAACAAAAAAAAGGAAGUAGAAGUGGAGAGGAUGUUCAGAAAAUGAAAUUGUCCGCGUUCCCUAUUUAAGAGCCAUGCUUCGAGUUGGUCCUCAGAGAACCUGGGCCCCGAGGUCCCCCAGCCGCCCAGCUCAGCCCUGCCAGCAGCCCCCUCGGCUUCCCCAUGGCUCUCCUGCGCCCUCUGCUGACCGCCCUGGCGCUGCUCACCUGCCGCCCUGGAGGCUCUCUGGGCUGUGCCCUGCCUGGGAGCCACGCGCAGGUUAGCAGGGACAACUUGGUGCUCCUGGGCCAGAUGCGGAGACUGUCCCCUUUCUUGUGCCUGCGGGCCAGAAAAGACUUCCGCUUCCCCCGGGAGAUGCUGGAGGGCGGCCAGCUCCAGGAGGCCCAGGCCGCCGCCGCCGUCCUGCGGGAGCUGCUCCAGCAGACCUUCAACCUGUUGCACACGGAGCGCUCCUCGGCGGCCUGGAGCCCCGCGCCGCUGCACGGACUCCGCUCUGGCCUCCACCGGCAGCUGGAAGCCCUGGACGCCUGCUUGCUGCAGGCCACGGGCGAGGGAGAGCGCGCCCCGGGGAUGCACGGCCCUGCCCUGGCCAUCAAGAGGUACUUCCAGGACAUCCGCGUCUACCUGGAGGACGAGGGAUACAGUGACUGCGCCUGGGAAAUUGUCAGGCUGGAAAUCAUGAGAGCCUUGUCCUCCUCGGCGACCUUGCAAGACAGCUUGGCCAUCAAGGAUGGAGACCUGGGGUCACCUUGAAGUGAUUCUCACUGCCUGACGUGCCACAUCACCCUGCACGAUGUCUGCUCACCUCAAGAGACUCUCACUGCAGCCUUCAUCACAAAAUUUAUUGACUUUAAUUCCACAAAUAGUUUGUGAGUAGUAUUAAGCAAGAAUAUGUAAAAAAAAAAAAAAAAAUUCCGGCUUCAGGAUCAUCAGUCCUUAAGAGAUGAUUGCCCUGAUGUUAUUUAUUUAUUGUUAUUUAUUUAUUCUUGUAGCUUACCCUAUUUAUAUUUAUAUUUUGA